GCUAAUCGACGCCAGAAAAAUCGAUCAACAAGGAAGUGCAAUCGCAUUCACGUGAUCCACACAAUAAUAAUAUCGGAGUGACAACUUGAGCAUCUUUCCAAAAAAAAAACAUGAGACGAGCGCUACAUUUUGUUUUUAAAAUUGGCGACCGAGCCAAAACGGCAACAUUUUACCGAGAUGUUUUGGGCAUGAAGGUUUUGCGCCACGAAGAGUUUGUCGAAGGCUGCAAAGCAACAUGCAACGGUCCCUAUGAUGGCAAAUGGAGCAAGACUAUGGUUGGUUUUGGUCCAGAAGACGACCAUUUUGUUGCUGAGCUCACCUACAAUUAUGGGGUGGGAGAUUACCAACUUGGUAAUGAUUUUUUGGGGCUGACCCUCCAGUCCAGCCAAGCCAUUAGCAAUGCCAAACGUUUGGGCUGGCCCCUCACAAAAGUGGGGGACGCAUUGUACCAGACACAGGCUCCAGGGGGGUAUCGCUUCUACCUAGUGGAUAAAGAACAGCCCCUCACAGAUCCUGUGCAGAAGGUUUGCCUUGGAGUAUCGGACCUCCUAAAGUCCACCCACUACUGGUCGACACUGUUGGGAAUGAAAGUGAUGGAAAAGAACGAAGACAAAAAAACAGUGCUGCUGGGAUUCGGAGACACGCAGUGUAAACUGGAGCUGUGUGACAUUAAUGGGACUGUGACUCAUGGAACAGCAUUUGGGAGGAUUGCCUUUUCAUGCCCCCGUGAUCAACUUCCGGACCUGGAAGCAUUGAUGAAAAAGGAGGAUCAGAACAUUCUCACACCAUUGGUGAGCUUGGACACUCCUGGAAAAGCCACCGUGGAAGUGGUAAUUCUGGCUGACCCUGAUGGUCAUGAGAUUUGCUUUGUUGGCGAUGAAGCAUUUCGACAGCUUUCGUUGGUGGAUGCUCAAGCAAAUGAGUUGCUUGAUAAGGCCAUGACUGAAGACAAAAGCAACGAGUGGUUUGCAAAGCACAACAGACAAAAAGCUGCUGCUUGAAAUGAACGACGAGUGCCUUAAAAAACUGUCAACUUUCAUUACGCUUUAUUCCAAAUGCUUCAUAAAAGUCUGAUUCAUUUUCACUUACAGUACAUCGCACUUAUGGACUAAAUGCUUAAUUUUGAUGCUUUGAUAUACAAUAAAAUUAGAUGGACACCUAUUCGAUCUAAUGUGUCGCGAUUCAAUUUUCGUGCCCUUAGUCCAUCGCAGAUUUUUUUUCCAAGUGAAAAAUAAACACAGAUGAGCUGUCAUGAUCCUUCUGCUCCUUUUCUUGGUCAGGCAGUGCACUGGAGUUGCUUUAAUAUUAAAGUUAGUUUAGGUUUGAUCUUGCCAGAGAUGCCUGGAAGCCGAAACUUAAAGGCGCCACAUGCAUCAAUCAUCAUUUAACUUGUUAAACAGUUGCUAUGUAACAGUCACCUCCUUUAGUGGUGUUCCUCCCGACAUCCACCACGCGAUGGCGCUGCUUUAUUUAUGCUGAAUAUAUUCUUCUGUUGUUGCUUACUUUUAUGUUGGAGUUCAUCUGGGAACGCGUGUGUGCAAACCUCGAAGCUCCUGAGUGACGAGUGGUCAAAGUAAAUUUAUUUAUUUUUGUUAAUAAAUGUGCAUAAGUGGUAGCUUCUCCCUUAUUUUGUUACUUUUAUGCACUCAUCCUACCUACCUCGUGUUACAUGCUGUGGCAACUCAUUGUGUGUAAGAGAGAAGCUUGAGCGGAUUUGUGUGGAUUCACUCAAUGUAGCAUUUAAUAAAGAAAAGCAUUUUUCUACUA